AUUGAUGGACGUCGUGUUUUGGAUUUGGGGAACCUGUUAUAUAUGCAUUUAUUUGUUUUCACCACACAAGUAACUUCUUGAUAUUAAAUUCUGUUAGCCGGAUAGUUGCAGAGAACAGUUUCAAGGCUUUUUCGGCAUACCAUUUAUUCAUUCAGUGAGUGUUUACUUACUUUCAUUUAAAAAGGCCAAGGCCAAGUAUUUUAAUGAGAGGACUGACCGACACUUAGGUAAUGACCAUAGUGAGACUACUGUGAUCAGCCCUAAUAUCAUACAAGUAACAGACACCCAGAGAAUUUGUCAUUAAAUAGUGCAUUAGAAUUUUGCCUCUUGCAUUCUUUAGAUAAUUGAAUAACUUGAUGUGUUGUUGUUGUUGUUUUUUUGUCUUGUUGUAUUGUUGUUGUUUUUUGUUGUUGUUUUUUUUUUUUGGGGGGGGGGGGGGUAGCUGAAAAUUUAAUUUCUAGAUUGUCAAUUUAGAUUCGUGAAUUCCAAACAGGAGAUUGUUCAAGCCAUAGCCGAUCAAUAUCCGGUAGUACGUCCAGCACCGCUUGAUUUAGAUACAGUUUAGUGGAUUUCAUUUGCCAGCAGUCGUGCAGGAUUAUUGACCAGAGCCGGAUCCUUCGGACAGGUUAACCUGCUGGUGUAGCACCGCCACUGAUCUUGUCAACAUUUGAACAAAUUCUGCCGCAGUUCUCUGGGAAAUAAUAGGCGCACGGGUUUACUGUACACUGUAGUGAAGCUAGAGUACACGCACGGGUUUACUGUACACUGUAGUGAAGCUAGAGUACACGCACGGGUUUACUGUACACUGUAGUGAAGCUAGAGUACACGCACGGGUUUACUGUACACUGUAGUGAAGCUAGAGUACACGCACGGGUUUACUGUACACUGUAGUGAAGCUAGAGUACACGCACGGGUUUACUGUACACUGUAGUGAAGCUAGAGUACACGCACGGGUUUACUGUACACUGUAGUGAAGCUAGAGUACACGCACGGGUUUACUGUACACUGUAGUGAAGCUAGAGUACACGCACGGGUUUACUGUACACUGUAGUGAAGCUAGAGUACACGCACGUAGGAUAACAUUUUAAUUUUUCUUUGGUUACUCUCUGUUUCUCUCUCUCUCUCUUUCUCUCUCUCUCUCUCUUUAUUCUCUCUCUUUCUCUCUCUCUAUCUCUCUCUCUCUCUCUCUCUCUCUCUCUCUCUAUCUAUCUCUAUCUCUCACUUUAUAUACAUAUAUAUUAAUUGUUUAAUUCUCUAUCUUCGCUCCUUUACUUUAAUUUUAUUUGUUCCUUCUCGUAUUCUUCUUUUAAACUUUUUAAAAAGUCUUGUUUCUCAAGUCUUUUCCCUCCACACUCCUUCAUGACUCAUUGUUUGCGCCUUGACGCGUAUUCCAUUUUGUUUGUUAUCUACCUUCCUGUCACUUAUAACGUAUUAGACAUAUAUUUUCUUUCAUCGUCUUUCGUUCCCAAAUACAAUCACUUUCUGACUAUGCUCUCACGAUCUCUCACUCCCAAAUCACCCACCUCUGACCCCACCAAAUAGUUUAUUGCCUCCCAGUCCCACGGGAUUUUUUUCCCCUCUCAUUCCAACACCCUUUUCAUUCCCUCAACCUUCCAAUUUCCUCGUAUGACAGUUGACAUAUACAUAGCAUCUUUUCUUUUUUUUUUUUUUUCUUUACAAAAUCUCUACAAUAAAUUCCCUGACUCAACCAACUGUUCCAUUCUCUAGGUUACAAACCAUCUUACCAUCAGACUCGUAUCACAUUCGACUCUAAUAACAAAGUGUCCUCGUUUUAUAGCCAUUUUAAUUGUUUCUACAGUAUAGUAGUUACUAUCCUAGUUUCUUUGGUUUUUUAUUUUACUUAGUUUACAUGUUUUUUAAUAAUUGUAAAGCGCUUAGAGCUUUAAGGUAAGCGCUAUAUAAAAAUUCCUAAAUAAAUAAAUACAUAAUUAUAUUCCCACCUAUAUUUUGAAUCCAAUGUUUUAAAGGAGUGAGAGCUUUGCGAAAUGGAAUCAUGUUGCAUUUUCCCAAAACUUUAUUUUUUUUUUUUAAAUAAAAUAUUUAAAUUGCUAAUUAAGUUUUAUUAUUAUAUCUUUCGCCAUCUGGCACAUGUUGACAAUCUAAUUAUUUAAAGGUAUAUUAAAUCUAGCUGUGAAGCUGAUCGAGAGAGAACCUCGAGUUAUGACUUACUCAUAUUUAAAUAUUUCAAGACAAACCAAGAAACACGGUCAUUUGCCAUGCCCUCACCGCUCUGUCUCCUGAAUAUUCCGUCAUAAUUUAAUAAACUGCCAGUGAGAAGAUGACAAACAGAUGGGAAAUCAAUACAACAGAAUAGGGACAAGGCUCGCUUCGCCGCAGCCAGAUUUCCAACACGGAGUCGGCCAGAUGAAUUAAUUAUGUGUUAAGGGCAGCACAAAGCUUUUAUCAGCCUACCUGGCGUCCAAUUUAACGACUUGCAUUUUUUUUUUUUUUUGGUUGCCGUCACGCUACCCCGUGUGAUCAGGGAGGUGGAUAGUGAACGUCGCUGUCCACCUUCUCACACACUUCUAACUGAAGCUGUGUACCAUGGCUCAUGGGUUGAGGACAGUUGAUUUCUGGCAAAAUUACAUUUUUACCUAUCACAGUGAAGCUGUGUACCAUGGCUCAUGGGUUGAGGACAGUUGAUUUCUGGCAAAAUUACAUUUUUACCUAUCACAGUGAAGCUGUGUACCAUGGCUCAUGGGUUGAGGACAGUUGAUUUCUGGCAAAAUUACAUUUUUACCUAUCACAGUGAAGCUGUGUACCAUGGCUCAUGGGUUGAGGACAGUUGAUUUCUGGCAAAAUUAUAUUUUUACCUAUCACAAUGAAGCUGUGUAUCAUAGCUCAUGGGUUGGGGACAGUUGAUUUCUGGCAAAAUUACAUUUUUACCUAUCACAAUGAAGCUGUGUAUCAUGGCUCAUGGGUUGGGCAUCGUUGAUUUCCUGCCCCGUAAUCUUUAAUGUAUCCCACAAAAUGAAUUGAUAGCUUUUAGAAUAGUCUCAAUGGAAGCUCUAAUAAUUGGAACGUGUUCAUUUUCAAUCAUACUAAGAACUUACUAUAUUCCAACUUAAGACCCAACUGGUAGAUGGUGAGCACAACCAAAUAACGGUAUCACGUGAUAAGAGCACAUCGAUGGGUGCUAGCAGGAGAACUAAAAUACGCCUAGUCUUAAAUACGACAAACUAACGAUAUCCUCGCCUGGUGCCAAAAUAAUGUAUCGGCAUGUCGCCUGACUCCAACAACUUCAUAUAAUAUGAUCAGUGUGCAUUUUAAAUGCUUCUCCUUUCCCAUUCUUCCACAGUCUUAUAAACGGACUAUGAGACUGUAUGUCUGUGUGUUGUUAGGGUUGAUUUCGUUGGUAGCCCUAUGUAAUAAUGCGUUAUUCCUAGUUUUUCGCCACCAUUCGGCAUAGUCUAAAGCAGUAUGGGCGAUGCGGUGUAAUCUCUAGGGGCAGCGGCUAACCAUCCACAUAGCUCCAGGCGCCGCCAUCCCUUCCCAUCCGCCACUGCCACCACCACCACCGCUAUCACACCUGAGAUGGUGGAGACUUGGACAUUCCAUCCCGUUGCGUUGACACGAAGAUUUGACUAUAAUCUGCCGCCCCACUACAUCUCCACUUGUUUGUGUUCCUGCUCAGUUUGCGCCCGCUACUGGCCCCGAGUAUAGUAAGCCCGUGGUCCUCCCCCCUUCACCCCAGCCCCCCCCCCCCCACUUCCACCAUUCACUGUAACAGUUAACUUAAUCCUUACCGUGACGACAACUGAUGGUGAAGAGUGACCUCAGAUUAUGGCUUGCUAAAAAAAUGUUUGGUAUGACCCAUUAUAAUUCCUGCAUCGGUUCAUAUAUAUAUAUAUAUAAACCGAUUAUGGCUAAUUUAAAAUAUUUGGUAUCGCCCAUGAUAAUCCCUGCGUAAAUCAUACAUAUGAAGUGAUAAUGUUGCCUCCAUAUUCCACCUUUUUAGCUUAUGUUUGUUGACCUUUGACAGGCGUCUUACUGACACACAUUUUGAUGCCAUUAAUACGCAUAUUUUUUUUAUAAAUUUAAAAAAAUCUGCGUUUCCCCCACAGAACUUCAAUAAGAAUAUUUUAUUAGAUAUACAUAUAUUUUUUUUCAAAUCAUUGGCUGUUCUAUGUACGUUUUGGAAAGAAAAUAAAAGGGGGCGGGAUUAACUUCAUCAUGGUAUCUCUUUACACCGGAGAACAAUAAAGUUAUAUUAUCCCUUUUUUUAAACUCUAGUCUUAUUCGCUCUUCGUUUUGCCCUCCAGUAAUUGUCAGGUUUUUUUUGUGUUGUUGUAGAUCCUAAGCCAGUGGCUCUCAACCUUUCUAAUGCCGCAUCCCUUUAAUACAGUUCAUCAUGUUGUGGCGAUCCCAACCACAAGACAAAAUUAUUCUCGUUGCUUCCUCCGCUUCUUAGGCGACUCCUGUGAAAGGGUCGUUCGACCCGCCAAAGGGGUCGCGACCCACAGGUUGAGAGCCGCUGUCCUAGGCUUCUAUUUUAACCCCCCCUCCCAGCUAAUCAGCUGCUCAUUUAUCUUUGUGAAAGACUGUGUGUAAACAAACCUUGUCUAAAAUGUAUGUUGCUUUUUGUCAGCGGCCAUAACUCACUUUAUGAUGAUAUACAAACACUAUCCCCCCUGCCAAUAGAACACAAUGGAAAAGGAGGAUGGGGAGAGUCAACUUCUUCGUAUUUUUGGGGAAAGUCUGUGCGGGAACUUUUUUAAAAGCGUAAUGAGCUCUCUCCCUCUCCCCCCCCUCUCUCUCUCUCUCUCUCUCUCUCUCUCUCUCUCUCUCUCGCUCUCUCUCACUCUCUCCCCCCCGCCCCUUUUUUUUUUCAGUGUUAAACUCAGUGCAAAGAAUAUGAAAAUAUAAGUCAACUAUGCAAUCCUCACCCAACGUUCUCAUUACAGCGGUGUUGGAAAAACAAAUUCGGUUUCCUAUCCUUCGCGGACUCUGUAACAGCUUUGAAUUUUUGUUAAAUAAGUCUUGCAGAGCUCUUGAAUUAAAAAAACUGUGGUUUUCACAUUAUAUUUUUGAGUAAACCUUGACUCAUUGUGUUGUCAUUGACCAAGGUUUUGAAUUGCCUAAACCUUUUUUUUCUGUUUUUCUGUAACUAUAAUAACAAUAUUUUUUGCGCCAUUUUCAAGACUUUUUACUCAGUUCUACAUGUGCGCAAUCCAGUAAGAUUAAAUAAGAAUACCACAAGGCUUCAUAUCAAUGCGGGCGUUAUUGAUUCACUAAUUCCCCCGCCCCCCCCCCCGUACUGUUUUUAAGUAUAUAAAUAUUUUUUUAAGUUAAUAAGUAUUUAUAUGCGCUUGUUGCAUAUCCUCCUUGUGUUUUUUCCAAUGCUGAUAUUUUAUAAUAAAGACUUAACAAGUAAACAAGUCGGGAAAAAAGUUUUUUAAAAAGUAAUUCCUGGCAGAUAGCUAAGACAUGACAUGUAUAAUACUUUUGCAGUACACGGUGAAGUAACAAACACGUAACUUUAGCAAUGUUACAUGGUCACUCUGCAUCAGUUGCAGAACCGUGUGUCGAUAAAUUCAGUCAAAGACCAAAAACACAUCCAAAAAAAAAAAAAAAAGACAGUAAAUAAGGUGAGCUAUGUUUUUUAUUAAAAGCGUACAGACGGUUUGUCUGCAAUCUAACAAUGUUUCACCUGAUACAGCCUUGCUGAAACAUGUUGUUUCCCCCCUUNUUCUUUAAACUCUUUUUCUUUGUUUUGGUUGUUUUUUUUCAUUUACUUUUCCCUUCAUGCAUCACCUUUCCACAAAACUAACCCCCCCCCCCCCACGUCGGAAUCCUAUCCACGCGUGUACUGCUACAUCUGCUCAUCAAAUCAUUCUAACGUGACAAUGUUGAGUGAUGCCUGGCGCGUGAGUCCAGACUGACCCUGCCAUGUACUGCAGUAAUGAUUUUUACAUCCUGUGCGACUGACCCCUGAAUGACCAGCACUUGUUUGAUAUAUAAUAUGCUCUUUAACUACUGACGCGUACCCCCCCUCUCUCUCUCCCUCUCUUUAUCUAUCUAUCUAUCUAUUUCUCUCUCUCCUUCUCUCUCCCUCUCUCUCUCUAAUCAUUUUAAGUUUGUUAAGAAUUAAGGAUCUACAUUUUUCGUAUACAUUUUAAAAAUCAAAGUAUUUUAUGCUCUCCAUGUUACAGUUACCACACAUUUUAAGAUACUUCAACAAAUACAUAUUUAGAGUAUUAUUUAAACUAUUUACUUGCGUCUUUAUAUAUAAAAAGUUUUUCUCCAUAUUUAAAAGUAACUAUUCGGAGCACAUUAAUAUUUAGGGCAAAUGAACUCUACUAGCACAUUAAUAUUUAGGGCAAAUGAACUCUACUAGCACAUUAAUAUUUAGGGCAAAUGAACUCUACUACAAUUUUUAAAAAGAUGACUCUGUUAUGCUGUUGUUUUACUAAGCGUUAACUUCUAACUUCUAGUGUGUCUUUCAACGAACACUUUCAAUAAUAAUAUGUCAAUGAGCUGCCCCGUUUCUUUUGAAUCUGUUAAAAAUCAUAUGGCUGAACGACUAUCACGGAUGGUCAGCAAAGUUUACGUGUGGUGGAAAUGUUCCAAUAACAAAUAGUCUGGACAUCGCGUGACCAUGUGCGGUAUUACAACAUUACCGUAAAGAUGCAGUCAGCACGUGCACUUUUAAAAAUUCCGUUGUCGUGUGUUUUGUUUUAAACAUAAACACAUUUUCACAUGUGUUACAAGCCUUUCUCUGAGACUCGGGAUUUUUUUUUUUUAAAAAUCGAAAUUUAUGUCCAGACAAAAAAAGUUUGUUUUUGCCAAUCGCGUCUUAUUGAAUUUUAUUACCUAAAAGUUUCGAACCGUCAUAUUAUAUUUGGAUGUAGAUUUUGUGGUGCUGUGUGUUAAAAGCCAGCCGACAUCUCUGUCUUGUGUGCACUCCAUCCUUUCAACAACUUCGAUAUCAAUUAAGUAGUAGUUUCUCAACUAGCGCUAUCCACACACACGCACGCGCGCACAUACACACGCGCACAUACACACGCGCGCACACACACACCCACACACACACAAACAUAAACCCUGCCAGUUUAAUAUAAAAAAAAGUUUAAGUUUCGCUUUUGUAGAAGUGGAAGAAGCCGAUGAAAGCUCAAAUGAAUAGAAACCAGACAUCUUUCAUUCCGUCAGGCCAGCAGUAGUUUAACCACAGCGCCAGUGUAAGCCAUUAUUACUGCUUCAGUCAGGAUGCCAAACGUCGAAAAGGCGACUCGUCCAAUUAUCCGAAGGGGGCCCCCAAGCCAGCGAUGACAGGCCCGAUUGCCGGUAGUGGGAACGCUGUCAUUCGCGACCCGGGGCUAUCGCUAAAUAUUUGGCCCGCUCCAAGCCGGCCACGCCGAGAAACCCCCCAGUGGUCACAAGGGACCGCACGCCGACCGCUGCUUUGUCCGUUCGUCAUCGUCCGGUGGGUGUUUUUGUAACCAAGUACCCGUGGCUUAUCGCCCGGAUCUUUGAUGGACACGUUAAGUACUAAGAGUACUUCAGCAGUGGCUGUAGAGACAAUUGUAGUGGGAAACUGUUGACUAACCUGAAGACAAUAGUAACUUAUUGCAUUUACUACUGAAAUAAUACAACUAGCGUCUCACUUGGUUGCAGUUUCGAGCUGGACUUUCCACAUGUGAUUGAAUUCUAAACCGGACUCUGUUAUAGCUGGUAAAAAAAGGGGGAGAGACUGCAAUCAUGUUAGCAAAAUAGGAAAUGCGUAAAACAAAGUAAGGUCAAACCUGUAAAAAGGUACGCAACAAAACAAAACAAAAAAAAUGAACAUGUCGACAGGAAGCCUUCGUCAGCGAACAAACAACAGAAGAAAAAAAAAGAGAAAAAAAAAGAAUUAAAAUUAAACAUAGCACGUAGCUGAGAAGUAGAAGUAGUAUCCGAGAGGGCAGCAAAAGAAUUGUUACAGCUGAGCCAUUUAAACACAGUUACGACUCAAAUUUAUUUUUCCAAUCCAUGUUCAGGAGAGGGAAUUUCCAUGUUCCAAAAGCAUCCCGAGUGCUCUCACUGACUGCUCUCACUGACUGCUCUCACCAACUCCAUGCCAGUACCUUAUCCCAGUUUUUUUUUGUUUUUUUUUUGUUUUUUUUUUUAAAUAUUAAUUUCGUUAAAUUCCCACUACUUUAAUAGGUUUAAUCUUAACGUUAUUCCUACUGUAUAGUUACAGACCCUGACCACUUUUGAUUGUUGAGUAGCUCUUCCUCGUUGUUUGUCUUUCUCAACAAAGACAGCUUCUUGAACACUGCCAUAACUCGAGAGAUAUAGUUUGAGAUUCUUUAUUUCACGUCCAGAGUUGUCCCAUAGUUUCUGUCGUUAUCCCACGAGAGAUAUAAUUUUAGAUUCCUUCCUUCUCGUCGCAAAAAUCUUUACAGUUUGAGAUUCUGCCGUUAUCCCAAUCCCAUCUUCUUCUUUUAGUUCUUUCCAUUUCAGCUUCAAUUCUCACUCAGGGGAUAACACAACGAGCCAUAAAUCUAGCAAUUCUCGCAACCCAAUGAAACUCGGGAAGCUCUCUAGUGCCGCUCGAGGUCCCGAAAGAGGAGGGGUUUUUUUUGUUGUUUUUUUCCGGCAUGUUUUCUAAUUCCACCAUUCGGCAGGUCAUAUUUCACCCGAUAGCAUCAAGAGACCAGCUCUGUCCCUUGCAUCCCAAUUAUUAUUUUAAAUUAUGGCCGAUGCAUGCGCCUGUAAGUGGCGCUGUCCGAGCAAGGGUUGCCAAAAGGGGGGUUAUUCUAGUCCAGAAACGCAAGGACUCUCAACUCGCUACUGAAUUUCGUGCAAUUUAAAACAAAAAUACGUAGCACAAGUAUGAACAUAACCUAUGAAGUAAUAUAAGUAUGGUUUCUUUUCAUAAAUGAAUGCACAUUGUCACCGCAAUAGUAGAUCUUCCUACGACGAUCUAGUUUGUUACCAUUCAUUAGGGAACGCCAAUGAACUUCCCUUAGCUACUUGACGAUUCUUUGUGAGAAUAACUACAUUUCAUGGAGUGAAAUUGCAUGUGCCGGUGACAUGCUCGCUUAUUCAUGUGCUCCUUUAUUCAUGUGCUCCUUUAUUUAUGUGCUCCUUUAUUCAUGUGCUCGUUUAUUCAUGUGUGCCUUUAUUCAUGUCAUCGUUUAUUCGUGUGAUCGUUUAUUCAUAUGAUCGCUUAUUCAUGUGAUCGUUUAUUCAUGUGCUACUUUCUUUACGUGCUCCUUAUUCAUGUUCUCGUUUAUUCACGUGCAGUGUCGAAUGAUAAACGAGUGUACAGGUGCCCCGUAAUCCAUUUUUCUGUAGAUAAUGUAAUCGGAUGUUUAAUUUAAUCAAUUGCCCUUCACUACGUCAUUGCUUGUCUAGAUCCGCAUUCUGUCCAUGCUUGUUGAUGGGUACACUUACACACAACAGCAGCCAUAGUCUUGUACAUGGCUUUACAUCUGUUGCUGUAGAGUUGCCCCUGUCACUCAUUGGAAUGGAUUCAGAAUAGGUAACAUAAUUAAUCAGCGGUAGACCCUUCCCAUUGGCAGCAGUAAACAAAAGACUCCAUUACAGCUCUGUGGCGUCACCUUUCAUUCGAUAGGUCACAGAGGAAUGCCCGUUGUACACAACUGGCCAAUAAGAAACAGAAUUUGAUCUGUUGCCAAAAUAAUUUGAGAACCACGAAGCAAUCGUUUAUGUAUUUAAAUAACUACAAGUCUCGUGCAGUUUUUGUCCCCAUCAUCUCUCGCAGUGGCCCCAAGUUAUCUCCCUGAGAUCGAAAGGGAAGCAAUCUAGGACGGGGAAGUUGGCGGUGCCUCUCUCUCAAAUUUGACGCUUUGAUGACGCCAUUGGCCAUCCCGCCAACUGGAUGGCCCGGAGCCUCGAUCCCAGCACCGCCAGAUCGCGAUCUCUUCAUGAAACCAAUCCGUUAUAAUUAUUCCUUUAUCACAUUUUGGAAUUGGCCUUAGAAAAACCAUUUCUAUAAAGUGUAAUGUCCCUUGGCGUUCUCCCUUUACCCCGCCCCUCCACCCCACCCCCACCCCGUUCUUCAACCCACCCCCCUCUCCAACACACACAUGCAUCACAACUUUAAAAUUUAACUACUUUGUUGGUGUCAUAAAUUUUUUCCAGACUUCAUUAUGUUCAUGUAAUAUCUCUACACCCCCCUUACCCCCCCCUAGCUACUACCCCUCUAUCUCGCCUUCUCUCGACCACCCAAUAUGAUGAUAUGUUACCACCCGAUACUAUGAUAUGUUACCACCCGAUACUAUGAUAUGUUACCACCCGAUACUAUGAUAUGUUACCACCCGAUACUAUAUGUUACCACCCGAUACUAUGAUAUGUUACCACCCGAUACUAUGAAAUGUUACCACCCGAUACUAUGAUAUGUUACCACCCGAUACUAUGAAAUGUUACCACCCGAUACUAUGAUAUGUUACCACCCGAUACGAUGUUACCACCCGAUACAAUGAUAUGCUACAACCAAUGUUCCAUCUGAGGUUUGUUGGUUCGUGUGAAAAAUCAUACAGUUGUGUGCAAAGUUUUACAGCCCACAAACACACAUUUACAUGGAAAUUUGCUGCGCGGAUACUGAAAAAUGCUGCGCCCGAUAACAUAAAACACGAUUAGAUGUAACAAAACCCCUUCAUCAUGUUGUGUUUUUUCCCUUCUGUAAAUUGUUCAGACAUCAUGAACAAUUUUUUUUUAAUAAACUUUUGCUUCUCGUAAACCCCCCCCCCCCCUUUUUUUUUUUUAAUAAUUAUAAUAAUAAAAAAUUUGUUUUGCUCUAUUCAUUAUUUGGUCAUCUAUUUAAUACUUUUGAUCAUUAUAUAAUCGUAUUAUUUUUUUCUGGGAACGUUUUAAAACCUAUUAACUACUUUGGAAAUUGUUUAGAUAUAUGAACUGUAGAAGCUAAUUUGGCUGACAAAUAGGAUUUGCGCACAAUACAUAAUUUGGUUUAUCUUGUGUUGUUCAUUGAGUGCUGGAUGCAAAUGUGGAUCGUGAUAUUUUAUUAAGGCCCACCAAUCCCAUUACAUUAAGAUUGGAGUGAAACACCCCAGGGGCGUUUGAUCACAGUUCUACCGACAAGGGGCGAUUGAAAAGCGAAAUUGAGUUGAGGGAGGCCACUGGUUAUAUUUCCAAACAUCCUAUUCUAUCAUUGGCGUGGGAGGUAGGGGGGUGGGGAGGGGGACUGCGUCGGGAGGGUCCACCUUUGGUGGCACUUUUUUCUUUAUGUUGAGAACGUCAUUUUCGGCAAAAUGCAGUUGUUUUUUUCUUGUAAAUGGUGGGAGCGACAAAAAUCUUUGGCCGCCCUGUGGAGCACUAACCCCAUUGGGUUGCUUUCUAUACUGGAAUUGAGCGAUGCUUUGGUAUUUGAGUGUUAUUUUCCCUUCGUCUUUACUGUGUGUUCUAAACGCAAAACAUUUCAAAUAUUCUUAAUUAUUUUUAUGUAUUCCCCCCCCCCCUUUUUUACAGAUCUACCCUAGGAAAGACUUUGCUAUGAUUUGAUCCUACACGCCAAGAACAAUCAUCAGAAAUGAUCUCCAGGCUGAGUCUUCUAGUCAUCUCCCUUCUAUCACUGGUCGCAUCCUCACGGACACAAGUCGUCUACUUCAACGUGACGGAGGAGCAGCCCGCCCCCGCCUGGGUGGGGAACAUAGCUUCCGGCGCCAACAUCCACGGCGGCCCGGGCACGACGUUCACCCUCCUGUAUCACACCGAACUCUUCACCAUCAACUCCACCACGGGCGAUCUCAGGACCAGGGUCGUGCUAGACAGGGAGACCGUGUGUGACAAGUCGGUCGAUUUUUGCUCCGUGAACCCUUCUGUCAUUGUUGCGUCGCCCCAGGCCCCCUACAGGAAGGUUUCGGUGGUCGUCAACGUCGUCGACGUCAACGACCAGAUCCCGGCCUUCCAGGCCCCGAACCCGCCUCUGAUCUUCUCGGAGAGCAGUCCCGUCAACAAAACAGUGAAGCUCAACUCCGCCUUCGACCUCGACGGCCCCGAGAACCGGGUGCGGGAUUAUUAUCUUCAAGGGGAAGGUCUCAACGUGUUCGACCUGGUCGUGCAGAAGGUCAACAUGUCGGGGGGCUCUUACGAUUUCACGCUUUUUCUGCGCCUGAUCAGCGCACUGGAUCGCGAGGUGACCAACGCCUACUAUUUGAACUUGGUGGCCACCGACGGCGAUCACACGGUCAAGCUUCCGCUGGACAUCACGGUCGAGGAUGCCAAUGACAACACGCCCAGGUUCAUCCGGGCCACAUACGAGCAGACCGUCAAUGAAACCUCCCCUCCCGGUACCCUGGUUCUGCGCGUCUCCGCCACCGACCCCGACGAGGGUGAGAACGGUCGCGUCGUCUACGAGUUCCCCUUGAACGUGGACGCCAGGAUCCUGGAAACUUUUGAGAUGAACUCCGACACGGGAGACAUAACCUUAAGGCGGUCUCUGGUCAGUGAGGGCGGGAGCAAUUACACGUUCAAGGUGAAAGCUCACGACAACGGCGCCAAUCAGCCGUGGUCAAUGACCGACGUGGUUGUGACGGUCAGAGACACGGUCAAUGACCCGCCGAGCAUUACAAUCAGCAGGGUGAAGUUUGAUUCGGAGAAGGACGCCACCGCUGCAGUGGCUGAGGAUUCCCCCGUGGGGACCCUCAUCGCCUACGUUAUUGUCAUCGACAGCGACUUGGGAGAUGAUGGCGUAACCAGGUGCUCGACCUCGCACGACCAUUUUUCUCUGCUGAAAGUCUCCCCCAAGGAGUACACCAUCUCCUUGGACAGGCCCCUCGACCGCGAGAUCGUGACCAGCUACGAGAUUUCAGUCGUCUGCACGGACAACGGCAACCCGCCUCUUUCGAGCGUCUCGGUUCUAGCCGUCCGGGUCGAAGACGUGAACGACAACCCGCCCGUGUUCAGCAGACAGGUGUAUCAGAUGAGGGUUAAGGAAAACCAACCGGCCGUCGCGCUGGUGGGGAGCGUCUACGCCACAGAUGCUGACGUGGGGCCCAACGCCCGGCUCCGCUACGCCCUGCCCCCAGACGUGGACUAUUUUCGAAUCGACGACUCGAACGGGGCCAUCACCACGGCCAUCCGGAACCUCGACAGGGAGCAAACCAGCAGAUACUCGUUCGAGGUGUACGCGUUCGAUGAAAGCCUCUCUCCGUUAUCGGCGACGACCACUGUCAUCGUUGAAAUCGAAGACAUGAACGAUAACUGGCCAACUUUCCAGAACGCGUCCUACAAAUUUAUUGUCUCGGAGAACGCUCUAGUGAGAUCGGUGGUGGGUAGCGUCCACGCGACUGACCCGGACUCUGGCCUCGGGGGCUCUGUUGAGUACCUGCUUGUGCUGUCCCCUCUUCAGCCCGAGGCGCCCUUUUCUAUAUCUGUCUCAGAAGGCACCAUCACCUUGACCCAACCGCUGGACUUCGAGAAUACCCGUCGCUACAGUUUCGUGGCGAGCGCCUUCGAUCAGGGAAAACCGCCCAGGAAUUCUUCCGUGGAAAUCCAAGUCGACGUCAUCGACGAGAACGACAACCCGCCGAUCAUCGACUUCCCCGGUUCCGACAAUCAGAGCGUCACGCUCAAUCUCGACGUGUCUCCCGGUCACGAGGUCGUCAAGGUCAUCGCCCACGACGCCGACAGCGGAGAAAACGGCCGACUGUCGUACUCGCUGUCCGCCCCCAACACCUCCGUGCCCAGGCUGUUCUGGAUCAACGAGGACACGGGGCUGGUCACGCUCAUUUCACCGCUCUCGUCGGCGGACGUUCAGACCUACAACAUAGUCAUCAGCGUCCACGACAACGGGGUGGACCAGAAGGCCACGCAGGCCCUGCUCCGAGUGGACGUGGUGGACCAGAAGUCCAGGCCGCGGCUCAAAGAGUCGUACACCACCAUCGUGAUCAUCAUGGUGUGCGUCACGCUGUUCGUGGCCGUGGUCGUGCUGGCCACGCUCUGCUUCAUCAAGCACCUCGACAAGCGGAAGUUCACGGCCGACAAGCAUGCGCACAAGCACACCUUCGACCAGCCCUCCAAGGAGACAGCGGUGUACAUCACGGAGGGAGGCGGGGACGAGUUCCUCGAGAAGGCGCUGGUCCCCCACCCGUCGCACGACACCCACGCGGCGCCUUUCCAGCAGCAGCGGUUGGGCAGUCAGACCAAGUUUGGGAAGAAAUGCGUGACAUUUGACAGUGCUGUGCGGGAGUCAGACACGUCGAUGACGUCAGAUUCCUGGACAUUGCCGCCCUUGUAUUUCAACCUGAGUGACUCUACAACAAACACUUUCAGCGCCGGCACGGUCGACACGAAGGCGCUGGGGGAUGUGGACCCCGGGGACCAGGUAGUGGAUGUUGCUUUGCAGAAGCACAACGCCCUGGUGAGAUCCAUGAGGUUGAACAAGAGGCCCC